UCCGUUGUAUAUAAGCACACUUAAGACAUUUGGUUUUACGUCUUGGUAUUUAUUAACCACACUUUUAAACGAGCAUAAUUUAAGAUAUUUGCGCAUAGAGACGCGUAUCGUUACGGAUGUGAAAAUACUUCAAAUCAUUUCGGGGAUUGGAAAAUAUGAUUCCGUUGUUUUAUGCGUUCGGCAUGGUCAUUCUGUUGACCCUACGAGCACAGUGUGAACUUAGUUCGGACACAGCAUUCCGCCUGCUGUCUGCAAGAUUAGACGACAUCGUGUUUGAUAUGAAGUGGAAGGAGAAAUCAGUGACAAAACAGAUAGAGGAUCUCUUGGUAACGGUUGCCACGACGAAUCAGCGGCUGGAUUCUGUUGAAAAACGGCUCAGUGAUGUAAGCGCAAAGAGACAAGAUGGCGGACUAAACAAACAGCACGGUGAGGAAUUGGUCUCUAUUGAGAGACGCCUAAAUGAUUUGGCUUCGUGUAGUCAAACCAUGGUCUCCUUCGAGAAGAGGCUAGGUGAUUUGGAAAACAUCGCAACGGUGGAAGUAGGGCGAAGAAUGCAACUGUUGAGACGCGGUUUCGAGCAGGAGAAGACUGCGACGCAGUUACGGUUUGAUUCUUUCUGGACGACGCAAGAACGUCUUCAAUCUGAAAUUGACGUAUUGGAAACCUCUAUUAAAACACAGUUAAAUGAUACGCAUGUUCAAUUAUCUAAGGUGGAACAGAAUGUAGCCAUCGCGCUGCAAAAUUCCAGUACCUUCCUUGCGCGGAUUGAACAUCUGCAAAAUACGCAUGGUAAUCUGAAGUCAAAUAUUGAAGAUAUAAAAUUGACUGUUGAUACGCAGAUCAAUGAUACGCAGGUUCAGUUAUCAAACGUUAAACUACAGAUAGCACACAUAGUGCAUAACACAAGUAAGGGCUCUGUAAAUCUGGAAAAGACGAAUAAAGAUCCUCCGUCUGAGACGGAAGUGGCUAUAAACAAUUCGAACAUGUCGAAAUUUAUUGAAGAAGUAACGACCACGAUGCAGGACACUCGCAAACUCGUAUCACGGAUGGAUGCUGUCGAAAGGACGCAGGGGGGUAUUGAAUCAAAGACUAACGGCAUUGGAAGACUCGUGCAUGAGACACGGGACCAGAUCUCCCAACUUCAACGUAUAACAGGAACUUUUUUCGGAUUUUCUGUCGAACUUGGAUCAGGCAGCACUUAUGGGAAGUCGUCGAUCAUAAAGUUUGAUCUGGUAUACUAUAACGUUGGUUACCACUAUAACCCCAGUACCGGAAUCUUCACUGUUCCAGUCAGUGGCGUUUAUGUCUUCAUGUUUAAUGUUGAAGCAAGUUCAGCAUUGUUCGACGUAACUCGAUUGGCUCAUGUUGCAUUGUUCGUGGAUUGGAAUACGAAAACGGAAGCCGUUGCACAGGGUGUUUAUCCCAAUUUGACGGGUGGGAAUGCCGCUGUGUUAGAUGUUGAAGCCGGUGAUGAAGUGUUCAUAGCCACCCGAAAUACAAUAAACCAGCAUUACAUCGCUGGGUCCCGAACAUCGUUCAGCGGCGCCCUACUACAUGUGCACAACACCGUAAACUAAAUAUAAGCACAAGUCGUAAUGAGUCGUAUAGUACGUGUGGUAACGUGGUACAAACACACAUUGUUUGCAACCGUUGAUUAAGUCACAACAUGCAAAUCAGCCAGAUAUUUUAUACAUUUAUGUCAUUUUCUUCAAGUGUAUGAUUGUAUAUCUAUUCGGAAAGGAAAAUAUGUUGCAACGCAGGUACACACGUUUCAUUGUGCGGACAUAUUAACACACACCAUGUUGUGUGUUUUUGUAGUUUCUUUUAUAUUUUACUGUAGUCGUUUUGUUAUACAUGGCUUUUUAAGAAUGUAUCAAAUUAGUUUAGUUCUUCAGCGCACUAUAUCUUGGCGUAUGUACAUUUAUCAAAGGUAGUCCCUAAAGUGCCUACGAUAAAGGUCUGAUAGAUGCAAUUAUGUCAAACCUUUACGGACAUAAUCAAAUAGGCAGCCGCCAUUCAAUGGAACAAAACACAUAAUUUAAUGAUAAUUAUACACUAUUAUUUGAUAAAAUGAGUCUCGCUCUGGAAACAAAACAAGGCUUAUUGCAUUUGUGUAAAGAAUCGUCCCAGAUUAGACGAUGAUGGCCGUGUAGGCUAAUCAAGGACGACACAUUCCGAUGGUAUUGUAUUUUCGUUUAAAUGAAUUUCCUUCUUAGCAAAAAGCCAUUUUCUGCCUUAGUUGUCGUCCCUGAUUAGCGUAUUAUGCUAAUCUGGGACGACAUUUUGUGCAAAUGCACUAAUCCGUGUUUUUCCAGAACUACGCUCAUAUAUUGAACCCUGAUUUAAGGACUCAACGGACCUGGCUGGAGGACAAAAUUUCAUCUAUCACAUGUUAAUCAUAUACCGAUCACAAAAAGGCAAUCAAAACGAUAUUAUGGUAUUAUUUCUUAUCAAAAUGCCGUGUGAUAAGCUGAUGUAACGUAAACAAUUCCUUUUAGAAUAAAAUGGAGAAGUUUCUA